CUCGAAUCGCUUCAAGCGCUCAGUUUCUGUGGAACUGUGAAAAGAUUCGCGUCGUGGUGAGGAGUUGCCGUUUUGUGUGUGCAUUGGGCAUCGAAUUGAACGCUGGCGCCUGCAAGGAGGAUCCGAAAUCGAUUUCUGUUGUCAUCGCCGUCCCGACCCGAUUCGCGAGCGGAGUGCAAAGUGGAGGAAAAUGUCUUUGGGUGGCUCGCCGAGUGCCACUUCCUGGAUCAUCUGUGAUUUCCGCGCGAGUGCGAGUUCCCGUGACAGUGAAUCAGGGCCGAGGUCCCUGGCAAGCGUUUUACCUGGCCGAGUUGUUGGCGGAGCGGCAGCGGAAAAGUAACAGUUCCUGACGUUGCCACUUGCCAAGAUUUGUUUUUUGUUUGUAAACGGAAUCGUGACCUGCACCAGGCCUGGCUGCGUAGUUGUCUGCACGUGAGCGAGUUGUCCUGUGCGUGGAUAUUGGCACCGGGCCUCCACCCUCACACCCUCCACCAAGGUCACGGUGCAGCGAUUGCGAUAGUGAAGUGUUUCGGAAGUCGCGCGAGUCCGGGCUAGUAUCGAUUUGUACUGGGUGAGACGCAUCAAGUGGCGAGUGUCCUGUGGAUUUGCGAGUCGCACUGUGCGUGGUGCGAACACUAAUCGAGUUUCCGGGGAGGUGCCUCAGCUGACCGGACCUCGGCCAGGCCCAUCGCGGGAGGCCGCGAGAAUUCGACCUCAGAACUGACUGUCAGUUCGUUUUCAUCUGUUCUUCGCGUAUUUUUUCGCCGCCCGUUAUUUCAUUUUUUCCGAUUUAGUUCUUUCCUUUCUUUAUAUUUUUACCGAAAAUUGCCGCCUUCAGAACGGAGUGUUUAGUGGAUGACGUGCUCAGUAUUCUGAAACUUUCCCUGAACCAGCUCUCAAAUACCCUCAGAAAGGCAGACAAGUCAUUUGGCCAACUACCCCCAAAAUUCUAAUUAGUCUCCGGUCGUGGUCCUUAAACACAGCCUCCAGAGGAGUCUGUUGUGUCGAAGUUCUGCAAAGAAUUCAAGGAGUAUGCGCUGAGUCAUACUCAAACGGAAAUUCCGGGGAUUCAAGAAAAGUCAACGAUCAACCACUGGAACUGUCAGGUCCACCCUAUCUAUCGAGAUCACCUGCUAGCAUCUAUUACCCUCUGGACCCAUCGCUACAAACCCCAGUGUAAAUAAGCCUCCAACGGCCAGCGAACACGCUGUCACCCCUUCUGCCGGGCACUAACCCCAGCUGCCAUUGGAUGACAACGAGCCCGUCUGCGUUUGUGCUAUGUUCAGAAUCCGCCGUGACAAAAUUUUUGAAAUUGAAGUGAAAAUUCUCCGUGUGGGAUCAGUAAUCGUAAGUGACUUCCGAAUUGUGAACCCUUGAGCCGGUGCGCAUUGAGUCCUGCGUGUUCACGUCCGUAUUUAGACCGCAAGGCUCCAGUGAAGUUCGUCCUUGGUAGUGUAGUGCUGACACCGGCGAAACCAGGCUAAGAUUUACGUAAACCAAACAGACACGCGCUUAGUGGUCUUAAGAUAUAUUUGCCAUUCAGAGCAGUAGUAAUAGUUCGUAAGGUUCAAAAAUAAUUUAUUGAAUUCCUAAUCAACGGGAAUAAGAAAAUUCUCGCGUUUGGUAGUCUAACGUACACGGAACAUCUUAAAAAAAUCGACAAAAUGGCUGAGGAAACAGUUCCACAAGUGAGUGAAGACGGGCAACAAGCCGCCAGUCCCAUCAAAGCAACCCUGUCAUACGCGUCUGUCCUGAAAUCUCCGGCCCAAGAGGCAGAACCAACAGACGACGGGGUUGUUUGCACAGCCCCCAAAAACAAGGUCGUGCCUCACAUCCAGAAAGAUUCGUCCCCUACAUCCGGCCUUGUGAACGAAAAAACUCCGAAAAUCUUGACUAAUGGGGUUAGCAACCAAAAGACCGUCAAAAACAAACUUAAAGCUGCGAAUUGCGAAACGAAAUCUCCCGCACGGCAAACCAGCAUCACUGAACGUGGUGAUCACUGCCCGCCAAAGGACUGCGGUGGAGAUGGGCCCGUGGAGGAGGCCUUACAACUGAGGGAGUUUUUGUGCGCAUGCAAGAAUAGCGAUGGUUGCGUCACUUUGAAGGAUAUCUUGAAGUCAUUCAAUGCCCCCAUUUCGGAGGAACAAGCGUGGGCGCUGAUUUAUCAGACGAUCAAGGUUUAUAGGGACGCGUAUCGUAGGGACGAUUUUCGUUUGAAGGAUUUAUGUGUACCCGAAGAUGUGGAGAACUUGUGCGUUCACAAUGAUGGGAGCGUGCAUAUUUCAAAUGGAGGAAGUGAUGCUGCCAGCUGCACAGUUACAUCUCAUAAAAAGAUUUUAAUGCAAGUGGGACUAGUGGUCUACACAGCACUUGACUACAAUUUACAAGCUGAUGAAGAGUGUUUGAUAUCUCAUGAUCUGGAACAACUGAUUUCACAUAUGACAGUGGAAGAUGUCGAUGAUGAGGGUAUUGAACGAGAUUCGGAAUACGAUGAGGAAGAAAAGAGCAACGAUACCAAAGAAUUGGACAAUAUUCUAGAGUUAUGUACACCUAGAGUUCAACCCGCUGUACCUGAAGAGCACUACAAAGCAGUAUGUCGAGCUUUGGCCACAGAAAGUUUAGAAUUAAGGGUAUUUUUACAAAAAGUUUUUCAUGGCGAUACUGAAUCACUACGACUGAAAGCUGACGCACAAACCUCAAAGCAAGAACUAGCGAAACUGGGCUUUUCUGACUGGUCAGAAGUGAGGAUAUGGAGAGCAUUACAAGCGAGGUUCUGGAUGCAAGUUGUCGAUGAGCUCCGUCGUGGAGUUAGACUGAAAAAGAGCAACUUUUCUAGAACACCAGUGGAAUAUGAGCUGACACCCUAUGAAAUUUUAAUGGAGGACAUUCGAGCCAGGAAGUACAAUCUUCGAAAAGUCAUGGUAAACGGAGAUAUUCCACCACGGGUGAAAAAGGAUGCUCAUGCAGUGAUAUUAGAGUUUAUUAGGUCUCGACCGCCUCUCAAAAAGGCUUCGGAUCGAAAGCUACCGCCACCAAUAAAGAGAACUCCAUCACCUCGGGAGCAAUUGAUGGAUUCGAUCCGAAAAGGUCGUACCUUAAGGCCUACGCAGACUCGCCUGAAGAAUAGACUACUCCCAACGUCUCAUCAGCAAACACCGCAACAUCAACAGCCUCAGAUUGAGCAACUCAAAAAAGAGGAAAGUUCACAAAAUCAGUCACCAAGGUCUAGGCAAAGGCUCAUAAAAGUCGACUUCUCAUUACUUCAACAGGAUGACGAGCUGUGGAAUCUACCCCCGUCAGGUUCGACAUCACAACUGCCCCACCAAAGUAAUUUGAAUUCAUCGCUCAUCUAUAAUAAUGAGAACAAUCCAAAUAAUAUUAAUACAGUGCUUCGACGAACAAAGAAUCCUGAAAAUACAAUUACCCAUGAUGAGUAUCAUAGAUUUUGUGACAACGCUCUUGAAUCGUACGAUCUAGCAACACAGUGCGAAUCGAGGAGAGCAUCAAUGCGACGUCAUACGAUAGUUGGUUGCCAAAGUAACAUUAGCGAGACCCAUUCAAUGCCACCAUCACGACCUGAUUCACGACAGUCUGACAAUAAACAGACAAGACAAAAGCAACCACAAUCAGUGUCAAAACAACCACAAAAUUUAUGCUGUGAUCAAGAAAAUGGUGGGAUUAGUAAUGGUCUCGGGUCAAACAAUUCAAGCAAUCUACCAUCUAUGGAAUCGUGGACCAAAAAUUCGCUGGAUGCUCUCGACGAGAAGCACUGGGCUGAAAGGAUCAGCGAUCGGCUGUCGUUGACCCUCGAGGAAAUUGUCCAUAUACGAUCAGUGAUGACUAAGGCUGAACUUGAGGGUCUUCCAGUUGGUGUGCGAAUUAAGGAGGAUGUUGAACGACGAAAAGUUUGCUUUCUAUGCUUAAGAACUAGGUUUAGUAUUUUCGGUCCGUGGGGUGUUCAGUGCAAGCUGUGUCAAAGAACGGUCUGUUCUAAGUGCUAUACGAAGAUGCGAAUACCAACAGAACACUUUCGUAAUGUUCCAGUUGUUCUAUUAUCACCUUCGCUUUUAAAUAGUCCGACUGGCUCGAAUGCUCCGUCACCAUCACAUCAUGCACAUAAUUCUGCAAGUUCUUCUACAACUGGACCGACAUCCUUAACGGAUGAAUCAUUUCCCAAGUCGUUGAUGGAGCGUUUGCUAAGGCCUGAGUCAGGUCGGAAGACUCGUAACACCGUCGGUAGUGCUCCAUCAUCACCAAAACACCAAAGAUCAACCACCAGUACACCUGGUUCAACCACUGCAGUGCAAAGCGAUCUCCACCAACAACUGAUGGCGAAAUCACUUCAUGUUAGUGGUCACAAUGCCGAGUCGUUAUCCACAAACGGUGGCGUUUUAUCUGCUAACAAUAAUAUGCUUAACAACAAGGAUAAUAACACCAGUGCAUCAAUAACGUCGUCAACGUCAUCGUAUAUGAAUGGACAGGCUGCCGCAGUGAAUCGUAACCUGAUUAUGUCUCGUAGCAUGGAGGGUCCGAAAAGUUUACCAGUACAAAGUCCUGCACGACCACACUCGAACAGCAGCACUCUUGAAAGAAAAAAUCGCUUUGCUCGAGCGUUCACAUUGUCUUCGUCCGCUCAUCUAGCUGAUCAGAAGGAGAACACCAUACGCGGUGAAUUGAUGGCUGUAUGCAAUGACUGUCGUGGAUUAGUGCUUGAGAUAAUCAGAUCGUCGCGUCAAACACGUUCAUCAGCUAGAAAUCGUGCUCUAAAGAAUCUAACACUAGAUUUAUCGCCUGUUUACAAGAGAUGUAAGAGACAGAACGAUAAAAGCAACUUGUCAUCAGCUCGAAUUAAAAAGCUUAAAAAUCUAAUUUGAAACGCAAACAAAACUAUUCAAAAUUCAGCCAUUCAUUAAUUUUUUUUACAGUAACAAUAGGAAAUUAAAUUUUGUUUCUUUGUAUUUAUCAGGUUUAUAGUUUUCGAUGAAUAUAUCUGUUUGUAACUUGCAUUAUUUUUUUCCUGAAAUUUAUAUAUCGAACUUCCCUUUGAACUUUUGUUUAAUGAAAAUCGUCCCACAUGUACAUACACAUUUGCAUGAUUUCCCCAUUUGUACUUUUUUCAAAUUUACAAGGGUCGUGACGAAGAAUAGACCGACGUAUUUAUAGUGGAAAAUAAAUGCAUGUAACAUCCCUCAAAUGAGUGUUUUUUGGAACAAUAGCUCGAAUCAUCCAUCUUCUGUUCUAUUUUAGUUGGAAGAUAGAUUUUAAUUUCUACAAAGUUUUUAUAUUUAAUUCAAAACAAAACAGACUCACACACACGGAAGGUUUGAAAUUCAAGAGGCUUUAACUUUUAUCAGAAUUUCCCGAAAAAAAAUCCUUUUGAAGUCGUAACUCUGAUAAUGUGAAAAUAAAACUAUGUCCUGUACUUGAUAGUGGUGUUAUCAUAUUAGUUAGGUGA